GGCCAAUCGAAGCGCUCGGCCGCGAUCCUUCGCUUGGCGGCGUCCAACCUUCUUCUUUGGUGCAUUGCGCAAUUUGCUCUUUGACGAAACAUGAAGUCGACAUCGUUGAUUGCGCUGCUCGCUGCCACUUUGGUGACCGCGCAGCAGCCCGGCCAGUGCAAGACGACGCCCGACUGCGCGCAGUAUGGCUCGGGCUACACGUGCGUCGCCGUGCAGUCGGCCAUCGCUGGCAUCACGCUCGCGUCGCAGUGCGUCAUUGGCACGACCUGCGGUGGCAACACGCCCGGGAAGUGCCCAACAUUUAGCUCAUGGUCGUCCAAGUUCCAAAAGAUCCAGCCGGUCUGCGCCUUCACCAAUGUCACCAACUGCGUCAACCCGAUCAAGGACGGGUCCACGGCCAGCUCGGCGGCCGGCUCCACGAACGUCAACUGCUACCAGGCGACCUUCACGGCCAACAACGUCUCCCAGAUCGUCAAUGGCAUUUACAAGUGCGUCGACUCGGGCAUCUACGUCUCGCAGAACCUCGGCGCCAUCACCAACUUGACGACGACGCAAAUGGACACGUGCGCCGGAAACACGUCGACGAGCGGCGGCGCUUUGUGCAACGGCCACGGCACAUGCGCGCCGACGGUCGCCUUCUCGAGCAAAUACCAGUGCCUCUGCAACGAAGGCUUCUCGUCCUCGGACAACUGCAAUGUCGCGACGUCCAACGUGUGCGACAGCUUUGGAAGCUGCGGUUCGGGCAACUCGUGCGAUACGACUUCCAAGCAAUGCAGCUGCUCGUCGGGCACGAAAGGUCCCCAGUGCUCGCAAUGCGACUCGACGGCCGCGGCCUCGAACCAGUGCAGUGGCAACGGCGUCUGCAGCACGGAAGGCGUCUGCAAGUGCAACUCUGGGUACACGGGCUCCCUCUGCGCCAAGGUGGCCACGGACAAAGCGGGCAGCACGACGGGUGAUACCAACAAGACCGGCGCGGCCACACAAACAACGCUGUCACUAAUUGCGGCCCUUGUCGUCGUUUUGGCUGCCGCGCUCUAAAUCGUAUUCCAGCGAUCCGAAUACAUGAAUCUUUGCUACUUGAUA